GACCUGGACAUCGACCACGGAUCAUUUCAACAUGUCUUAAAUGAGGAUUAUAAAUACGCUAUCAAGUCGCAACUCUAUCGACAAGAUCUUCAUGCUCAGUAUCUAACAAUAAAGAAUCUUUCUAAGUAUGAUUACGGGGUCUAUACAUGUGUUAUUUGUUCAAAGUAUGGAAGGUCCCAAAGCAGCGUGGUGUUGAGGCCCAAAAUAAUUACAACUUCUUCACCGUCGCCAAGAGUACCAACAACACCCACGACAACAACGCCACAACUCAUACCUCCUAAAAGUUCCUCCUCUAACCAAAAACCUUCCAAUACACGAGGGACAGCCAUAGCUUUAGUCGUGAUAGGAUCAAUUGUAGCAUUAAUGAUAAUACUGGCUAUAAUAUACGCCGUACGGAGCAAAAUACUCAAAUCUUCCCAUGAGCCUUCGCAGCAAGCUGGAUCGGGAUCGCCGUUUCUGAAUGACAUUGAGGACACAUCGAAGCCAUUUCACGAGAUUUUGCCRCCUCGUAAGUGGAGUACUCCUAGUACCGUGACGUCGUUUUUGAGCCGGGGUUCAGCAAGCUCAAGUUUUCCUUUCAAUAAUCGUAGUAGCAGUAGUUCGCGAUCGCCAUACUCUGGACAAAUGAUGUAUAUAUCAGAAAUAGCAGAUUUAGAAGAUGUCUUUGAGCUCGAACCAGACGAGGCCUGGGAAAUCCCAAGAGAGCAUGUAGUUUUAGAAGAAGGUUUGGGUGAAGGUGCGUUUGGGAUCGUUAUGAAAGCCACAGCUUACGGCUUACAGGACAUGCCAUCGCAAUGCAYAGUAGCAGUCAAGAUGCUCAAACACGACGCAAUGAAUGAAGAGUAUCAAGAUUUYCUCGCCGAGAUUGAAACAAUGAAGAAUAUUGGACACCACAAGAAUAUCAUCAACAUGCUUGGGACGUGUACAAUAAACGGGCCAAUACUCCUCGUCGUGGAAUACGCACGUCACGGUAACCUUAGAGACUUCUUACGGGCGCGGCGUGUUCCAUUGAAUUCUAAUCAGAACAACAACAGUAACGGGUCUUUAACAAUUGGAAAUCUAACGUCGUACGCCUACCAAGCUGCAAAAGGAAUGGAAUACCUWGCGUCAAAAAAGUGCGUGCAUAGAGAUCUMGCUGCUCGUAACGUUCUWGUUGCUGAAGACUAUGUUAUCAAGAUAGCAGAUUUUGGACUAUCGCGUAACGUGAAAGCAAAUGAUUACUACAGGAAGACGACACACGGUCGUCUUCCUAUUAUGUGGCUGUCUAUAGAGGCYUUAUUUGAUCAAAAAUACACAAUUAUGAGUGAUGUUUGGUCAUAUGGAGUGCUCUUGUGGGAAAUCUUUACUCUAGGAACUUCACCUUACCCUGGAGUAUCUAUAGAAAAGCUCUUCACUCUAYUAAAAUCCGGUUAUAGAAUGCCUUCUCCAGUGAAUUGCCCCCCAGAAAUAUACGCUCUAAUGCUAAGAUGUUGGAGUGAAAAUGAGACAGAGCGGCCAUCAAUGGAGGUAGCAGCCAAAGAGCUGGACAGAGUAUUAGCAUCUUCAACAAAUGUGGAAUACUUGGACAUAAUAGCACACUUGACGGACAUCACAUCAGCCGAUACCAAUGACAUAACUCAACAAACUUUAAUAAGUGAAUUAGAUGCACAARAAACAAAUGUCUAACUUAAURUAUUUUCUCACUUUACAUCAUUUAGCUUAUUAAUUUAAAGGGAGUGAAUAUAUUGUUUAUUCCUUAAUUUUUAGAUAUUCAGUUGCGUCUUACUUUUAGUACUAGCACCUUUUGGUGGAAUAUAGUCAAGUAUAUAGACCUGAAAAURAGCCUCAGGGAAAACAAGGAUUAUCUAUUAUUUACCCGGAGCCUCAUUUUCAAUUCUGUUGUGCAUGUCAAGUCARCCAUGUUAUCAAAAGUAGACUACUGCAAAAUUUUAGCUAUUAAUAAGACCAUACUUACUAGCAACUAUUAUAUUCAAUUGAAACGCUGUUGCUGGGUUCAAAAUCAUACACAUAGAAGCUGAGACCAGAAAAGGUACAAUAGCUAAUUCCGCAAUUUAAGUUGUAUUUACUUGCAAUUUCGCACACUGUCUUUURGUCUUUCAGUUUUUAUGUGUUAUGAAUUCGAACCCAUCAACAAUUCUUYAUUAGUCUUUAUCUUUGAUCCUUGGAAACUGUUCUGCGCUAUUUUGAAUGGUAGCUGUAACUUUACAAUGAAGUGAGACCUUAUUUCACACAAUAAUCUCCUUCCCGAUAAAUUUUUGUGGCAUCUUGAAAAGUACCUUUGAAUUGAAGCAAGACGUUGAGCGUACAAUUAUAGAAACCUUCUUUCACAACUACAAACAAUUAUUCACAUUCUUCUAUCAUUGCACGCCUGCCUGCUUCAAUGCAAAGUACCGCCUUUAACCACGAAGGACACUAAUGUUUACAGGUAUCUGUCUAUCUGUCAUUGCAAGUUUAUCAAAUACCUCACUUCAAUAUAAAGGAAUGACUGCCUUUCAAGACACCCCAGGGAACUGAGGUAACAGGUGAAUACUGAGAUUACAGGAUCAAAAGUAUUUUCAGCUGGAUAUUAAGGGUUGAUAAAAAAUUACAAUAUUCUAAUUGUCACUCUAUAUAAAAGAGUUACGUCACAAAGUGACAAUAUCAUACUGAAUGCUGUAUUAUAAUAAUAUGUAAAUAUAUAUUAUUAUUAAAUUAUUGAUAGUAUAAACUAGAUAUACCAAAAAMAAUGAAAAUAACAUCACUUAAAAUAUUGCACAAAAAUGAAUAAUUUAUCGUCUCUAAAAAUCAAAACUCUUGUAAGAAGAGAAUAAAAUCAUUUAAAUUUCCCAAAAUCAAGUUCAAAAAAAGCCAUACUAGAGUGGACGUACAUAUUAAAUCACUAUGGAACAAGUAUAACAACUGAGUACUACUAAUAGUCUUGAUUUAAAUAUAGAAAAUAAACUAAUUUGGAUAAUUUAGGACUAUUUGUAAAAAAUGUCUAAUUUUCAUGGAUUUUGUUUGUC